AUGGUAUACUCCCUGUCUAAAUGGGCGUAUAUCCCAGACAUCCCCAGACCUUGCUGGAGAUUAGAAAGGAUAAGAAUUUUAGAAAAAAAAGCUAUCUCCGAGAGGCGUGCCGCGUGCCGGUACCUGCAUGAAAUCUCCAUCGAGUAUCAUGAACUUUCUCUAAACAUCGACAAAGAAGUGGGAAACAAAGCUGGAGAAGGUAAAAAUUAUGGAAAUCUCGGCAAUGUUUAUGAUGGAUUAGGACUAUUUCAAACAGCCAUCAAGUAUCAUGAACUUUCUCUAAACAUCGUAAAAGAAGUGGGAGACAAAGAUGGAGAAGGUAAAAGUUAUUGCAAUCUCGGCAAUGCUUAUGAUGGAUUAGGACAAUUUAAAACAGCCAUCGAGUAUCAUGAACUUUCUCUAAACAUCGACAAAGAAGUGGGAAACAAAGCUGGAGAAGGUAAAAGUUAUUGCAGUCUCGGCAAUGCUUAUCAAGGAUUACGACAAUUUCAAACAGCCAUCGAGUAUUAUGAACUUGCUCUGAACAUCGCAAAAGAAGUGGGAAGCAAAGCUGGAGAAGGUAUGAUUAACUGCAAUCUUGGCUUAUCAAAUUUGUGUUUAGGAUACUCUGAAACAGCUGUCGAGUACUUUGUACGCGCUUCAAAUAUUACAAAAGAAGUGGGAGAUAAAUUUUCAGCAGCUAAAUCAUUACAUGGUCUUGGUGCAAGCCUGUAUACCAGAGGAAAUCUCCAUGAGACGUUCAAUUGCUUUCACUCUAGUUUACAUAAGCUUCACGAGAUCAGAGCGGGUUUUCAAUCUAAAGAGGAGUGGACGAUUAGCUUCCGUAAUUCGAAUGUAGAUGUGUAUACUUCACUGUCGCAGCUACACCUAGAACUGGAUGAAGUGGUUCCUGCUCUUCACAUCGCUGAACAAGGUCGUGCAGAAGCUCUGAGAAAUCUCCUGGAAUUAAAAUAUGGGUAUGAAGAACAAUACCAGUCAUCAUCUCCACAGAAAUCUGCCAGUCUCCCCCUAAGUUGCCUCCUACCAAAUACAAUCUUUACAGCCGUUUACAAUGGAAGUAUUUUCUACUGGGUUAUUCAGAAUGGCAAAGAAGUGACAUUGAGAGAAAAACCAAUUAAUAAUUAUAUUUCGAAGGAGGAGGUAACCAUUUUCAUCGAGACUGUUCUCGGAAAACUUGGAAUAAAAGUUAAAGUCAAAGAUGAAGACCGUUCGUACCUUGAGGCGUGUGAUAAAAGAG